AGACUUUGAUUAGUACUUUACUCUUGUGGGUUGUGGGUUGUGGCUUUGAUUAGUCAUUCCCCAUCAGACGAUUAUCCAACUUUUCGUAUUCACCAUCUCACUUUAACUGUUGUUUGAAUUUCACAAUUCAAACACUGUUCAAAAAUUCACGAAAAUUGAUUUAAUCUUUGUAUGAAUCUCAUAAUUUUUGCGGAAAGACGAAUGAUUCUCACUGCAACUCCAAACUCUUUGAAACUAUGAAAUCAACGUUACGACCCUGUAGCAUCGUUGUUGUUGCCGGCAAUGUCAAGAAAUCUCAAUCCACUAAGGAUUCUGAACCUCCUCCAAGGAUCACAACAAAUGUUAAACAAAAUUUGCAAUUUUUGAAGUUAUGGAAGGAGUUCAAGAGUAAACAAUCCAGCACACCUAAGCCAGCUACUAGCUAUCCUCGAAAAAAGGUGGAGAAGGAAGACCUUCCCCCAGAUACAGAACUCUAUAAGGAUCCAACCUUGGCACUCUAUUAUACAAAUCAGAUUGUUGACUGUGCUGCCCCUGUCUUGCUUGUUGAUGGUUAUAAUGUUUGUGGCUAUUGGGUGAAGUUGAAGAAGCAUUUCAGUAGUGGACGACUCGAUAUAGCCCGGCAAAAGUUAAUUGAUGAACUUGUCCAGUUCAGCUUGGUAAGAGAAGUAAAGGUGGUGACUGUAUUUGAUGCUAUGAAGUCUGGACUACCUACUCACAAGGAAACUCUUGCCGGGGUGGACAUAGUUUUCUCUGGGGAUUCUUGUGCUGAUUCAUGGAUAGAAAAGGAGGUUGUGGCGUUAAAGGAGGAUGGUUGUCCAAAGGUUUGGGUAGUGACAUCUGAUCAUGCCCAACAACAUGCAGCUCAUGGAGCGAUAAAGGCUUCAAAGGAGAUGGAGAGAAUGCUUCAAGAGCAGAGAUCGACUUCCAUGCAAGGGAAAUUGCUGAAACACAAUUUGGAUACAGAAGUUGUAGAUGCUUUGAAGGAUCUUAAGCUGAAGUUGUCCCAAAAUGGGUCAUAACAGCGUGAGAUUAUAGUUGGUGUUGCUGUAAGUGUUUUCUUUGGUGUAUGCUUUAAUUUUUGUAAAUUGUUUGCAAGGAUGAUAUAAAAAUCUUAACAGUUCUUCCAUUACAUGUACAAAGUCAUAAACAAAACAAUAUGAUAGGUAUAUGAGGAGUUGAGUACCGAUGAAUUUGAUUUAAACACAACCCUUGAGGCACCACUUUGCUCUCUCCCACAUCAUUUGAUGUAUCUUAUAAACUAAGUUCAAGUAAUAUCAUUAACCAAUAAGUGAUUUAUUAUCAUUAAUCAAGGUCUAAUCAGUCCUUAGCUGGGUUGAUCUGGUCCGAUAGUUUGUAAAUAUAAGGUGAAAUUCAGGGGUAAUAAGGUGUAUUAAGUUGAUUUCAGAUUACUUUCGUUGAACAGAAUGCUUGAUAAUGAUUUCAUCUCAAAUCAAAUUUAGUCACUAGAUUGUCUUGGUGGACACUUUUCUACCCUUUCAUGUAAAUGAUUAUAAAGGUAAUGGAGAUGAGAAAAAAAAAAACAAUUAGAGUUGUACUGCAGGCAGUCGUUACUCAUAUCAGAAUAGUAUUUUGCUUUUUUUUUUUUUUUUUUUUUUUUUUAUGCCGAAAAAUUUCUUGAAAUUAGAUACUGCCACUAUCUUUCAGGCGCUUCCAUCCCCCCCCCCACCCCCCGCGAUUAUCUCCUUCUGUCUACCAUCUCCAGCUCCCAACCAAAACCACCAGAAAUACCCUCGUUUAUCCUACCUGUGUUGGCCGCAGCAGGCGAUUGAUUGAAUGAGAGAAAGGAAGGUUUAAAUGGGGUGGUGAUGCCUUAGGUUUUUGCGGUAUUUCUUUGGUAGACUAGCUUCCAAUCUAAAUUAUGCUCCCUCCAUCCCCAAUUAAACAUUUCAUUUGUCUUUACACACAUUUUAGGAAGGUAUAAAAUGAUAACAUAGAUGGAUUUAGUUGAUUAAAGGUAAAAAAAAAAAAAUUAAUUUAAAAAAAAAAAAAAAAAAAAAAAACGUAAUGGGGUUUGGUAGAUUAAAGUUGUGUAUAACAAGUAAGAUAGUGGGAUUAGUUGAUUAAAAGUGAACAAAGAAUGUAAUGGGCUCUAGUGACUAUUUAAACUUGGGUGGUUUUGUAGAUGGCUUGAUAGUGUUAGAGAAGACGCUAGAAAAAAAAAAUGGAUUCAGGCUUCGAGAGCCGUGAUGGAAGAGAGUUGGCCGCAGUUAAUUCUGACAUAAUUAUUGUACACAUUCAGGGGCAGUUUGGUUCGCAUGGGGUACUCGAAAUGGAAUGAAUAAAGGGAAAGGAAAGGAAUUUGUUAAGUUGUUUGUUUUGUAUAACAAAGGGAAACAAGCUACCACCACACCACCACCACACAAGACCUAUUAUCUACCUUCUCCAGCCACCAUACCACUCACCGCCCCUAUCCCACCACUCGCUGCCCCUCCCUCGCCAGUGCCAGAGCUCCUCCAUCCUAGGCCAAAAAUCCCCUCCCCCGAAAAACUCCCCACUCCAGCAAAAACCCCAAAAACUCACCACCCCCUUCCCCAUACAGCCGGGCGAGGGUGGGAGGAGGGCCGACUGGCUGUUUUAUGGGGAAGGGGGUGAAUUUUUUGGGUUUUUGCGGGAGUGGGGAGUUUUUCGGGGGAGGGAAUUUUCGGCGAGGGACGGGGGGAGCUUUUGGUACAAAAAAUAGGCCUAAAUUCAAGUUGGUUCCAAUAUAUUUGUUUUUGGUACAAAAAAUGUGCUUAUUUGGUACUAUGAUAGUGUGAUAUCCCUUAUGAUUUUUGUAAAUGUGCUUAUUUCCAUGUAAGUUUUGUAAAUGAUAUUGUAUUGGCGGAGGAGACUGUAAUUGGGUUAAACAAAAGCCUAAGAAAGCAAAAUUAGAGUUAAACAAAAGCUUAAGCAAGCAUUUGAAAUAAUAAAAGGAAAACUUGUUUAAAAGGGACAUAUAUGUUCACUUAUUUGUUUGGAAAAACCUUAUAAAAUUAACGGUUUUUUACCAAAUGCCCCCAAAUUAUUUUUUAUUCACCAUAUACCCAUGAAAAAUUUUAAAUUCACCAUAUACUUAUAAACUUAAUAAAAAUGUCACCAAAUGCUCAAUUGACUAACGGACGUUAAAUCUAUUAGUCAUUAGUGUUAAGUAUGCCAAGUGGCAUAAUUUAUUGGUUGGAUUUUAAAUAAAUUAAAGUUUAAAAUAAUUAUUUGAUUAAUAAUAAAAAAAAUCCAACCCUCCAUAGCCACCCCUAGCCACCAACCACCACCUGCGCUGACGACCCAACCCCAACCACCACUCGUGCCGAUGACGACCCAACCCAACCACACCGCACUAGCAACCCAACCUAGGCGUCGUUUCCUUCCCUUGAACCACCCUUCCCUCAACCUCAACCUCAAAACCCCAUUUUCUCCCUUGAAAAAUCCUCCCCUCCCCACCGUCGACUUCCACACCCACCUCCUUGUGCCGCUGAACCCAAAUCGCCCCUCCUCAUGCCAUCUCAACCCUCUCAAACACUAUGCCAAACCCGAAAGAAAAAAACCCAAAAUUCAAACCUAGGGUUUUAAUUUUGGGAUUUAGGAUUUUGAGGUGGUGUUUUCAACCAAAUUGGGCAGCAACGAUGUGGGAGGAGGGAAUCAGUUUUGUCGGUGAAGGGUUUCGAGGUGGUGGCUAGUUUUAAACGAAGGUAUAAAAGUGGGGAAAGGUUUUACAGUUUAAGGGGUUGUGGUUUAAUUUUAUACGGUUUAAGGAGAAAGGCUUGGGGGAAUGGGUGGUGCCGACGUCAGCGCGAUGGGGAAGGGGAUCUACCGCCAGCGGCGAGGAGGGUGGCGGUGGUGGGGAGGUGGCCUAGCGUAACAAAAGGUGGUUGGAGGUGGUUUACUUUUUUUCUUUUUUUUUU